UGUACCAUUGAAGGUGAAUAAAUUUUGAGGCACAAGAGAGAACCAUUACUUACAAAUAUUUGCGAUAUAAAGCAUAGACUUAAGAUAGUUAGGUAUUGAAUUGCUGGUUAUCUAUUUAAAUUUGAAGACAGCUUUUGUAGGUGUUUCAGGCUCCAUGAAAUCAAGAUGUCACUUAACCCAAUAAAGAAAAGGAAAUAUAGUAGGAAUGGGUGCUAUGAAUGUAAACGUCGGAAGAUCAAGUGUGAUGAGUUGAGUGAAAAAAGCUGUGGAAAUUGUCUAAGAAUUGAAAUACCCUGUGUUUAUCCAAGUAAAGAUGCCCCUAAAAAACCAAGGAAACCAAGAAGCAAAAAUACAGUCAGAUUUCAACAGGUGAAUGCUAAUAGUUUCACCAAUGAUUUUGCUGAUGUCAAAGACAAAAUUCUUCGGCAAAUUAGCUCUAAUGCUUCUCCAGAAUCAGACUCUUCCUCAACUAGUUUUGGAGCUCCUUCUCAGGAUCAAAUUCCAACUGCAACUUCUUUAGAAGAUGAGCAUGUGUAUGGGAAGAGCCCAAUAAUCAAGGGCUCAUUAACUAACUCGAAUAAUGACGAUUUAUUAUCAUUUGAUAACAUCUGGGAUGAUGCAAAUAAUUUAGUUCAUGGUUUGGCUGACUUUAAUGUAUUUGAUACUAAUAUCAAAAACUUUUCUGACAAUUCACUCAAACCUUUCCACUCGAAUAUCAUUUUAAAUGCGGACGACGCAGACUCACUCUUCAAAGAUCUCGAUAUCGAGCCAUAUAUUCAAAACCCUAACCCUGGAGUUGCAGAAUUCGACUCUAAUUCUUUUUGGAGAGAAAAACUGCCUCUAAUAAGUGGUAAUUCACCUAAAACCAAUAAACAAGAAGCUGAAAAAAGGACAAAUCUAGAUUUGAUCGAAAAAAUUAUUCAAAUAUACAAAUUGAACGAAGUAGAAAUAGGAUAUUUAAAAGACAUAACCUAUUCUCCAUUGGCGUUUUAUAUAUACCCUUUUGGAACUUCAGUGGAAGAUGAUAAAGUUAUUCGCAUUUUACUAGAGUAUAUGGUAUACUUCAAAUAUUUAACCUAUGCUACAGUCGCAUUAGGUGCCUCUUGUAAGUAUAACAUGACUGGUGAUAAACAUCACGAUGCAUACCUGAGGAAGUAUAUAACGAUUUGCAUGAAAUUGUUGGUGGUUGCAUUUUCCGAUUUAAAAAAUAACAAACAUUUCUUGAGAAGUAUAGAAGGUUUGGUUUUAACGGUUAUUGUUUUGGCAAUGAUAUUUGCAGACGUUGCUUGUUUGGAUUUGGAUAACGUUUCAGACUCGUGGACGUCACAUUUAAAUGGAGCUAGAGAUUUGCUAAUCAAAUAUAAAAAAAUCAAACAGCAAGAUGGUGGAAAAGAUACGGUUGAUUCACCUGGGAUAACACUUGCAAAACUUUUGUUUUUCAAUUAUGAUUGGCUAUCAAAGCUAGCCUUGCCUCCAAAUAAAUUAAGGGAAGUGAACCUUGAGCGUGGUGUAUUUCUUGAUCCUUGUCACGUUGGUUUUGAUAAGAAUCCUCAGAAUGUAGCUGCAUUACAGAAAAUGGGGAUAUUGACGCCAAAGACCAUGACACUGUCGGGUUUUAAUCUAUAUUUAUCAUUAUCAGAAGAGCUUGUCAAUUGUAUAGAGGAAUUAGUCCUACUAGCCAAAAAGGCUGCGGGAACGGAUGAUUCUAACUACAAUCAAGUUUCGCCUUCCGAAGUAUGGAAUUUUAUGAGUUUACUAGAAAAGGCCUCUAGACAGCAAGUUGUUCCCUUGAUGACAGGAUCACCUAGGUUCAUGAUCCCCGAAAAUAGUCCUGGUCAUCCCAACUAUCCAGAUUAUGCAGAUAAACUAAUCCUUCCCGAUGGUGCUUAUGAAAAAGAUUGGGAUGAAAAUGGAAGAUCCUUUUAUAUUUCGACAUGUGAUGCUUCUCAACGGGUACACACGUACGCGUUAUAUUUAAAAGUAUUGACCACUCCUGGUCUUCUUUAUUUACCUAAGAGACACCCAAUGAUUAAAGAAACAAUCAAUAAGUGCAUGGAAACUAUGUACUUCCUCAAACCAAAGUCAAGUCCAAAUUACAAACCCGAAAAUGUUUUGAAAGAAAGUCAAAAUUAUUAUUUGGUGAAACAUCUUUUUAAUUUUAAAAUUGUAAUGAAUCAGCUCACUUUUAGAAUGUGUUCAGAUUUAACCGACAACCUCGAUGAUUUUGAAAAAUUAGAAUUAUAUUUUCAAGGAAUGCUUGAACUUUGUACUGGUAGCGCCUUACAUGCAUUGGAUAGACUCCGAAAGAAUAGGGAGGCGUCAAUUGAAAGACAUAAAAAAAGACAAGCUAUAGGUAAGGAAAGCAAAACCGAUGUUUUCGACGAAAGUGAUUACAAGUACUCGGUCGAGGCAUACCCAAUUUACUGAGGUGAUUAUCCAAGUUAUCAUGAAAUGGGUGCGAAAUUAUUUGCAAGUAACAAAAUUUACUUAUCAGAAUAAUGAACGUUUUAUAUACGCUAGUUCACAAGUA